CUCAACAAUGCUGGACGGAUUUACAGGUCGCCUUCAACCAUUACCACGUCAAGAAAGACAGCUUGAAGUUGCAGAAGUUGCGUGGGCAGACGUUUCGUUGGGGCGCAUUGGUAGGAAUAAUCUGUGUCGAAGGGGAAGAAGAACGGAGCAAGUAUUCUGGGGAAUCUCACGUGUUCUAGCAAUGGCGUCUGCAAUGGGGUGUGUGCGGGGCAUGAGCUUUGGGGUGCUGCAAAGAAUGGCUUCUCCUAUGAGGGCCCCUGUUAUGAGCAGCGGGCUCCGCUCCAGCUUCCUUAGUGCCGCCCCUGUCCGCUCCUUCUCUUCUGCCAUGGCAGGCACCCCUCUCCAGCCCGGCUGCAGCCGGCUCCAAUUCCUGGUGCGGCGGCCACUCACCAUUGAGUGCAACAGAAAAGCUGGGCAGGGUGCCAUGAAGCGGUCGCGCUCUCGCAAGUCUCGGGCGGCAGUUCACGGUUUCCGGGCACGGAUGGCCACUCCUACCGGGAGGAGGGUCCUGCAGCGGCGUCGCGCGAGGGGUCGGGCGGACUUGUGCCCCGGCGGCAACCCGAAGGUGGCUGGAAAGAGGAAGUCGUAAUUGAAUAGCCGGAAGGUUAGGUAAGAAGGUACUGGACAAUAGAAGAACCAAGGUCCUGCACGUGUUGUACGAAAGGCAAGAAUUAUUCGAUUGGGGCACUUUGGAUUGCCAUUGAUGGUUACUUGCUUGCACGAGCGUUCACUUACUUGUAAGUAACGCACCUUUGUCAAGGAAGAUUUCCGUUUGUCUUUCACUUUAUGCAGCAUUGUAUCAAUAUCUGAUCAAGGUGGCCGCUUCUUUGAGCUCUUGCUUUGAAAUGAUCCUAGCUAG